UCGCCGUCUCUCCUCCUCCGCGGCGCCUCCGCGGCGUCGACGGGGCCCGGCGACCCGUCCAUCUCGAGAGACGAGUCCGACAGGCUCUCCCUCGACAACAUCCGCGCGAGCCUCAUCCGCCAGGAAGACUCCAUCAUCUUCGGGCUCAUCGAGCGCGCGCAGUACCUCCUCAACGCGCCGGUGUAUCAGCCCGGGAAGAUAGACGUCCCGUGCUUCCACCCGGACGGCACGCGCGCGUCGAUGCUGGAGUUCAUGCUGCGAGAGAGCGAGCAGUUAGGGGGCAAGAUUCGGAGGUACACCUCCCCGGACGAGCACGCCUUUUACCCCGAGUCGCUGCCUCUCCUCGUGAUCGGCGCCAUGCAGUACGAAAACCCGCUCGCGCCCGCGGCGGACGGGAUAAACAUAAACGAUCGCAUCAUGGAGAUGUACGUGAACGACAUCCUGCCCGCGCUGUGUCAGGCUGGGGACGACUUCAACUACGGCAGCGCCGGGCUCGCGGACGUGAACUGCCUCCAGACCAUCUCGAAGCGGAUUCACUACGGGAAGUUCGUCGCCGAGAGCAAGUUUCAGGCGAGGCCCGAGGAGUUCACGGAGCUCAUCAAAAAGCAAGACGCGGAGGGUCUGAUGUCGCUGCUGACGUACAAAGCCGUGGAGGAUAGGGUCGUUCGAAGGGUCACGAACAAGGCGGCGACGUACGGGCAGGAUAUCAGCGACGGCGACGUCCCGGACCAGGUCGCGGCGCUCGGCGAGGGCGUCGACAUCGAGUACAAAGUCGCGCCGGAGCGAGUGGGCGAGUUGUACUACAAGUGGAUCAUGCCGAUGACGAAGGACGUGCAGGUGGAGUAUUUGUUGCGGCGGUUGGAU